GACAAAUACAACGUAAUAUGUCCUAUUUCUGCUUCUUGUUGAAAAUAAAAAAUAAAAAAUCUUAUUUGUUAUUUAUAUUUACCCCCAAUUUUUCUCGUUCAAAGUAGUAUAGCAAAAUAUCACGGGAUUCAAAAUUCUACCAAUAAUUGAUUUCCUAUUAAUUAUUAAUUAGAUGAAUUAAUUUCAUAAUUGCAUGUUUAUUAAAUAAAAUGUGUGUCCCUUUACUCUUAAUUUUUAAAAAUGCCUUUUCCCUUUUCCCUAAACUCUCAAUGUAAAAUUGAUUUAAGUCAACACAAUGAACAUGAGAGUUAACUAUAUUUAUUUAUAUCUUAAAUUUCGUUAUUUCUUAAAGUCACAGAAAAAAAAUAUUUGUUUUAAUUAUGCUUCUCAAUUUCUCGGGGAGGGUGAUUAUAAUUUAAUUUAAUUUAAUUUAAUUUAAUUUAAUUUAAUUUAAUUUAAUUUAAUUUAAUUUAAUUUAAUUUAAUUUAAUUUAAUUUAAUUUAAUUUAAUUUAAUUUAACUCUUGAAAUAUACAUUCAAUAGGGGGCGCGCGUUCUGUUUUGCCCUGGCUUUCCCUUCCUAAUAAAAGAAGAAGAAGCACCAGAACAAUGAUGGCGCCUGAUGUCAACAAUGAUGGUGUUUCUUCAUGCGGCUGUAAAGGCAUCCGACGAUGUCUCAUAUGUGAAAAGUUCAAAGGGAAAACUCAGACAGAGACAAGGGAGCCGGAGACUGUGCACCAUUUCCUCUAUGAUGCUAAAACAAAACUCGCUGUCUGCAAAGAUGGGGAAGGUGCAUCUUUUCCUUUUCCCGGUGUCUUCCUAUGGGAGAACUUCAUAUCUGAGGAAGAGGAGAAGAAGUUGAUUGACUCCAUGGACCAGGAUGUGUGGAAUCCAUCACAGUCUGGUCGAAGGAAACAGGACUAUGGUCCAAAGGUGAACUUCAAGAAAAAGAAAGUGCGUCUGGCAGACUUCAAAGGGCUCCCUGCUUUGAGCCAGAAACUGGUGCUGCGUAUGCAACAGGAGCCAAACCUGCAGGGCUUCCAACCGGUGGAGCAGUGCAACCUGGACUACCACCCUCUGCGAGGCUCCGCCAUUGAUCCGCAUCUAGACGACUCAUGGCUGUGGGGGGAAAGGCUUGUCACAGUCAACAUGCUCUCAGAGACCGUGCUCACUAUGUCUCUGGAGGAGGGCUUACCAGAGCGCGGGCUGGUGGGGGUGAUACGCGUGGCCGUGCUGCUUCCCAGGAGGUGUUUGGUGGCGCUGUACGGGGAGGCGAGGCACAGAUGGAAACAUGCCAUUCACAGAGAGGACAUUCAGGAGCGCAGAGUCUGCAGCACCUACAGAGAGCUGUCUGCAGAGUUCCUGCCUGCAGGGCGGCAGGCGGAGCUGGGAGCCAAGCUGCUCAAUAUCGCUUUGACGUUCAGAGGAACUCCUGUAUAAAUGCAUCAGACGUCUGAAGUGUCCUUGACUGAAGUGAGUGCUUGUAGUCUUUUGCGCAACCAUUUAACAAAACAAGGCAAAACAGCUCUAAUAUUCCAAAGACUGUUGUGCAGCAAUGUUUUAUAUGUUGUUGUUUUUUUAAUUCUAACUUUCACAACAGUUUAUCCAAAUCUUUGCGCCUGUAUUCUGAAAAUAAAGUAUUUUCUUACUGUU